AUGUUUACUUCUACUCUUCUUCUCACUCUCGUCGCUUCUGCGAGUGCUCACAUUGCUUCUUGGAACAAGGGCAUGUACUGCAAAGGCGGCAAUGACUCUUCUGUUGACAAUGCCAACACCAACCUCGCCGUGAACCCUCUCUACGAUCUCCCCAAGUCCAAAUGGUGGAUGCAAGCCGACCGCGGGUGCGAUGCCGUGCCUCCUCCUAAAGGCGAGUUCCUCGAGCUUCCAGCCGGUAAAUCCUUCAUGACGGAACUCGCCAACAACCGUGCCUUCACGACACUCUCUUACAAGGGAGAGUUGACUACAGAAUGGCAAGAUGGCAAGAACCGCUCUAUGCCGUGGAGAGGUCCUGAAGAUGGCUGUCUCAUGGACGGUGGUGAUGGCUCGGGUGGAGAGUUGCACACCAAGAACAUUGAGUCAACUGGUGGAACAGCCUGGGCCAUCUCGUACGAGAGCGAUAUCAGCAAGGUCACCAUGGAUAACCUUGUUGUUUUCUCUAUACGAUACUAUUCUCCUUUCUUUCGCGAGACUUGGUACGACGUCCCAGCCGAUAUGCCUGCAUGCCCUGAAGAAGGCUGCUACUGCGCGUGGCUUUGGAUCCCCGAUGGCUGUGGCCAGCCAAACAUGUACAUGCAGAACCAUCGCUGCAAAGUCACUGGAAGUACUUCCACCAAGAAGCUCGGCAAGCCUAAGCCUCCUGUCUACUGCCGUGACAACCCUACCAAGUGUGUCCCUGGACCCAAGCAGAUGAUGGCAUGGAACCAGGCUGAAGGCAACAACGUCAACCCCCCAAAUGGCAAGACUCCUACUUACAACCAGCGAAUGGGUUUCACGGAUGGCGCUCAGGAUGAUAUCUUUGUCGAUACAUAGAUUGGAAG